GCGUGAGGGAGUCCGGUCCGGUUCGGUCCGGUCGGCGGCGGCGGGGGGCGGCCGGACGAGGGCCCGCCGCCGCCACCAUGGAGCCCUCCGGCCUCUUCCCGGUGAAGCUCUACGUCUACGACCUGUCCAAGGGCCUGGCCCGGAGGCUUAGCCCCAUCAUGCUGGGGAAACAACUGGAAGGCAUCUGGCACACCUCCAUAGUCGUUCACAAGGAUGAGUUCUUCUUCGGAAGCAGCGGCAUCUCCAGCUGCCCCCCCGGCGGGACGCUGCUCGGCCCCCCAGACUCUGUGGUCGACGUGGGAAGCACCGAAGUCACGGAGGAAAUCUUCCUGGAAUAUCUGUCUUCCUUGGGGGAGUCGCUGUUCCGGGGUGAGGCCUAUAAUCUCUUUGAACACAACUGUAACACCUUCAGCAAUGAAGUGGCGCAGUUCCUGACUGGGAGGAAGAUCCCCUCCUACAUAACAGACCUUCCUUCUGAAGUCCUUUCCACGCCCUUCGGACAGGCCCUGCGGCCCUUGCUGGACUCCAUCCAGAUCCAGCCCUCCGGCGGAACCACCUUUGGCAGACACAACGGCCAGAGCUAACAGGACCGGAAGGGAGUGCCCCACCUCGCCAGGGCUUUUCCUUUUUAAACGAAACAAACCCUGCCAGAUUUCUAUUUUCUAAUUUUACAUCAGAGCUAACCACCGGGGACGGGGCUUUCGAAAUUGCCCAGGGAGAGGGCUCGUUAGGUGGCUAGUGGGACAAUUCUGCUGCUGCUGCUGCUGCUACAAGGACAACUGAAAAAAAAAAAAAGCCAUCCGUUCUAAUAGUAUUCUACUAAUUUAUUAAGGCUGUCUUGUCUGUGUGUUCACCCCUGACGUGAAUGUUCCCCACAUUCACCCCGCAACCCUCCACUCUGGAGGGGGAAGAGGGGCUGGCGCAGAAGGGGGGAUGCCCAGCGGGAGAAGCGCAGAUUUCAAGGGGGAGGAGAGGGAGAACCCCAGACCAGCGCUCCUUUAGCGGGAAUCUCCCACGUGUUGGCCCCCCGCCCUUCCCUCUCCCCAGGUGAAUUUUGUAAUGCCCCACAGCGUGGGAGCAAAGCCUACUUGGUAUUAAACAAACUCUCUAUCACG